AUGGACGAAGAUGUAGAAAUGCCGGAAGAUACUGACCAGUGUGAUAGCAGUAAUAAUGAAGAAAAUGAAUUGCAAUAUCAUGAAUUAGCACAACAUUUAUGUGAAAAAAUUGAUGAAUUAACAGUGGCAGUCUCUGAAGGUGGUGAAAAAGAUGAUGAUCUUCGUUCUCAAGGAUAUUUACUGCAAACCAGUAACUUCGAGAAAAAUUUCGCCAAGACUCAAUCUUGUCGUUUUAUAAUGACAGACGCGAAAUUAACAAAAUCCUUAUCGAAACUUAUUGCCACAGAAGUUCAAAGUUUCCAUAACAGUUCAGCCAAGAAAACGAUUACUUUGCAUUCUUUUGUUCAGACACUGUAUAUUGCUGCCGAACCGAUGCCUAAAUUAUUUACAAUCGAGAUAAGCGUGAUAAUCAACAAAAAUGAGGAUAAUACACGAUCAGAAAAGUGGAUUAGAGAAACAAAUUUUAUUAUUCGCGGCAAAACUUUUUUGAAAAAUGAAUGUGGUUUGAUCGAAGAAAAUGGAAAAAUAACUCUUGAAAAUCAGCAGUCAAGUUGGGUAAAAUUCGGUAGUCAUUUUAUGAAUGUUCUCAAUCUUCCACCUGCUUUAUCAUGCCUGGGGCCGUUGUUGCUGGAGGAAAUUCCGAAUGGAAUGAAUGACGAACUUGAUAAAUUGAAAAGUAAUGAAAGAAAGAAAAUAGAAAAGAAAAAAAUAAAAGGAACUGAAGAAAUUAUUCAGUUACGAGAAGUUGAAGAGGAAGAAUUACAGCGACGAACGGAUCCGCUUGCUAAGCAGCUUGAUAAUGUCAUGCAUUGUUUGAAAAGUUAUUUAAAAGUGCAUAAUACGAAGUCAAUAAAUUAUUUCGAAUUUUGCUUCCAUCCGACAGAUUUCUCACGUUCUGUGGCAAAUGCCUUCUAUACAUCAUUUUUAUUGAAGGAAAAUAAAGUUGGAUUGGAUGUUGGCGAUGACAAUGUGCCACGUUUAAGUUUAAUCAGUAACACUGAACGAAAAGCCCUUGAAGACAGUGUUGAUCAGGAUAAUCGUGGUGUUAUAAGCUUUAGUUAUAAUGAUUGGCAAGAAGUAGUCAAAUUGUUGAAUAUUAGGGAGCCUGUUAUAAGUGAUUAUUAA